ACGGUGGGUCUCGGACUGAGCACCAACGCCAUGGCCUGCUCCAGUCUCGCUUGCUGCCUGCUUGGCCUACUGGCUCUGACCUCCGCCUGCUACAUCCAGAACUGCCCCCUGGGCGGCAAGAGGGCUGUGCUAGAUCUGGAUACGCGCAAGUGUCUCCCCUGCGGCCCGGGCGGCAAAGGGCGCUGCUUCGGGCCGAGCAUCUGCUGCGCGGACGAGCUGGGCUGCUUCGUGGGCACCGCCGAGGCGCUGCGCUGCCAGGAGGAGAACUACCUGCCCUCGCCCUGCCAGUCCGGCCAGAAGCCUUGCGGGAGCGGGGGCCGCUGCGCCACAGCGGGCAUCUGCUGCAGCCCGGAUGGCUGCCGCGCGGACCCCGCCUGCGACCCUGAGUCUGCCUUCUCCGAGCGCUGAGCCCACUUUGUGGUGACCCCUUUCGCGCGCUUCCUUCAUUCCCCAUAGCCACUGCCAGAAAAAAAAAAAAAAGAAAGAAAGAAAAGAAAAGAAAAAUAAAGCAGAUUUCCUCUUCAAA